AAUCCGCGCGAUGUUUCCUACUAGUGCGCGCGCUCUGCACUGCACGCCGAGGUAUUUAAAGUGCACUACUUAGUGCCCGAGAAGGUGAUUUGGGACGCGGCGCGUAUUUUCGUCCUGCUAUGGAGUUUGCCACGUUGCCGCAGAUGCAGAUCGACGCCGCCGGGCGUGUUGGGAUUUUUUCUUCAUAUUGACAACAGCUUACAAAGUGACCCGAUGUAGAACGUGUUCCGCGAGUGACGGAAGACUUAAUAGAGCUCAGUGUUUGUUUUGUAAAAGGUGUAAAAAUGCUCGCGGAUGUGAUCGUGGAGGAGGAUUUUAAUGAGCAGGAGCUUUGGUUCAGCAGGAGGGAGCUGGAGCACGAUCUCCAUUUGGCCGCAGAGUUGGGAAAGUCUCUGCUGGAGAGGAACCAUGAGCUUGAGCAGGGUCUUCAGCAGAUGUACUCCACCAAUCAGGAGCAGCUGCAGGAGAUUGAGUACCUGAACAAGCAGGUGGAGUUGCUGAGGCAGAUGAACGAUCAGCACACUAAAAUGUAUGAGCAGCUAGACGUUGCGGCGCGAGACCUGGAGACCACGAACCAGCAGCUGGUGCUGGACAACCGCACGGCUCAGGGAAAGAUCCAUAGCCUGACCGAGACCAUUGACAGUCUGCAGUCUCACAUGGAGACGUUACAGAAGCAGGUGGAGGAGCUGAAGGCGUCACAGUCGGAGCGCUCGAGGAGGGAACGUGCUGAAACUCGCCGUCGUGGCCUCGCCGCUCAGAGUGUCUCCUGCCUCUACGACCUGCACCGUGACAUGCAUCUGAGCUCAGAGAGCCUCAGUGAUGAUCGCUCGUGGUGGGCGCUGGAUGGUGGUCUGGUGGAAGAGGAGAAAUCGGCCCUUCAGAGUGCACUGCGUAGUCUACACACUCAGCUGGGCAGCGAGCGCGAACGCCGGGAAGCGGCGGAGAAGGUUACGGAGCUGGCCGAGCGAGAGAACCGAGCGCUGGAGGAACAGCUGGCACAACUGGAGGGGACGCGUCGUCACCAGGCCGAGCUAGAGGCGGAGGUGGAGGAGCUUCGGCAGUUGUGGCGCUCGGAAACAUCGCGAGUUAGACCUACAGACUCGCUCAUAGCUGAUGCCGUGUUCUUCCUCACCGAGGAGAAAGGGGCGGAGUCAGGGGCAGAAGUGAUAGAGGUAGAGGAAGAGGACGGGUCCGAACAUGAGCUGAAACGUGUGCACGAUCUGACUUGUAUACGUCGAUCGGAGGCGGUGAGGCAGCGUGGCAUCUCUCUGCUGAACGAGGUGGACGCGCAGUACAGUGUUCUGAAGACCAAAUACGAGGAGCUGCUGUCGCGCUGCCAUGGCGGAGACCCCAGUCACAAAGCCGUCCAGACUCACGCCGCCUCCCUCAAAACUCGAUCCGCCUCCCUGAUGGACGACACCUACCAGCCCGAGUACAGGGCUCUCUUCAAGGAGAUCUUCACUUGUAUUCAGAAGACCAAAGAGGACCUGAGUGAAAACCGGGCCAAGCCCAGGCACAAGCACACACACUGAGCUCUGUGUCUGUUCAGCAGUAUUAUUGAACAGCAGUAUUAUUAUCAGCCUCCGUCCAUUUUAAAAACGUUGCAUUUUUGUUUUCAUUCAUGUGGAAGGUGAAGCCCGGGGGACACAGUGGGAUAUCAGGCGUGUUCAGGAGCCACACGAGCGUGAACCUGAACACUGGUGUCAGACAUACAGCCAUGACAGCCACACGAGCGUGAACCUGAACACUGGUGUCAGACAUACAGCCAUGACAGCCACACGAGCGUGAACCUGAACACUGGUGUCAGACAUACAGCCAUGACAGCCACACGAGCGUGAACCUGAACACUGGUGUCAGACAUACAGCCAUGACAGCCACACGAGCGUGAACCUGAACACUGGUGUCAGACAUACAGCCAUAACAGCCACACGAGCGUGAACCUGAACACUGGUGUCAGACAUACAGCCAUAACAGCCACUCUGAGCGUGAACCCCGUGGCUCGGCCGACACGGCGCUUUAGUACCGCUUUUCCUUUCUGCAUCGAUUUGAUGUUUCAUUUCGGAAAUUAAUGUUAAUUUAGUUUUAUUUCGGACGUGUGCGUCACGUGUCAGUCACUAAUCUUGAAAUUACGGUGAAAUGUUUCUACACCUGACGUGAACACUUGGGUCUUAAACUGGACUGAGACGUGUCUGCUGCCCCCUAGUGGUCAUGCAGUGUGUGUUCCGUGUGAUAUGUCCAGGUUUAAACAUGCACACCUCACACUAACUAAUAAAUACAUAGAUACACACACACACACACACACACGCACACACUCACAACUCACACUAACACACACUAUACAGUUUUAAACACACACACCUCACACUAACUAAUAAAUACACAGAUACACACACACGCAUACAACUCACACUAACACACUACAGUUUUAAACACACACACCUCACACUAACUAAUACAUAGACAGAUAUACACACAACUCACACUAACACGCACUAUACAGUUUCAAACACACACACACCCCAUCCAGGUUUAAACACACACCUCACACUAACACACACUGUCCAGGUUCUAACACACACACCGUCCAGGUUUAAACACACACACAUACCUCACACUAACUAGUAAAUACACUAACUAGUAAAUACACAGAUACACACAUACACACAACUCACACUAACACACACUAUCUAGUUUUAAACACACACACUGCCACACACACACACUGUCCAGGUUCUAACACACACACCGUCCAGGUUUAAACACACACACACACACACACACCCCGUCCAGGUUUAAACACACACACAGACACACACACACACAUGUCUACUAUUCCUCUGUCUAUGUUCCUCUCCCUCUUUGGUUCUGCUGCUGCUGUUUUUUUUGGUGUUUAACGUAAACCUUCUGCGUUUCUUAAACAUUGUGCUGUUAUUAAUAAGGAACUAAUGCUAGAUUUAUAAACUGUAGAAUUGACAUGAGGUGAGAAAACACUUCGGCACCACGUCGGGAGUCUCAGAGAAGCUUCCACACUUCAGGAGCAGCGAAAUUGUUCUGUUUGUUUGUUUUACCGUCGACCUCGAACCGUAUUAACGUCGAACCGUAUUAACGUCGAACCGUAUUAACGUCUAACUGUAUUAACACGUUCGUGGAAUUUUCUGCCGCUCUGCACUUUAUUCUAUUUUAUGCAUUUCAUGUAUUUUUUUUUUUUAUUGUAUUUAUUGUUUAUUUCCAGUGGAUGUCGAUCUAAUAAGAGCUUUAUUUUAUUUUUUUAUUUAUUUGUCAUUUUGUUUAGUCACUGUAUAUUUAUUUUUUGUUGCAUUGCGAACACUGAGUCGAUGUUUUUCUUCCUAGAUUUAUAAAAACUCUACGAUCCUUAAACUCGUACCGAAUCCCCACUUAAAGGGGAUUAAAGAGUCGAGCAGGAAACUCGCUUUAAUUUGCUCUAAAUGUUGUCGAUGUUUGUUUGUUUGUUUGUUUGUUUGUUCUCGUCUGGGUUUUGCACUGGAGCUGUGACGACGAGCCGAGAGCGAACGAUCACGUAAAUUCGAUCCUGGUGCUAACUCGUUUGUCGUUGUUUUGUUUCUUUCUGUUUUUUUCCCCUCGAGAACGAUGUCACGUCUCCCGCUGACAUCACCGGGGGACGUCACGGUUAUCGUUAUCGAAACGUUGCGGCAAUGUUUUUCACACACGAGGAAUAAUGCUCAGGUUUUACAUUUUCGGAUUUUGUUUCCUCUCACUGACUGUUGACAUAUUAACAGUGGACAGGGAGGGGGAAAAAAACGCUAAAGUGCCGCUGCAUCGCCGUCUCUAUCAGCAGGCAGCAGAAAGGUGUUGUGUGAGAACUGUCAACUUUUUGACAAAAGAAACUCAAGUGCAGAAGAAACUUGCAAAAAAAAAAAGGGUUGUUGGAAAAAAAAUUGUUCCUUUAACUUGAGCUUUUCCAGGCUUCCUGGUGUGGGAUUGAGCGUUUAUUAUUGUCACGUUUCAGAAGUGAGACAACGUGAACGGACCAUAUGAGGAUUCGAGGUCUAGUGUUUUGUGUUGGACAGAUGAUGCAAUGGUGAUGAUGAUGCAAUGCUGAAUGUGAUGGAGAUGAUGGUGAUGGAGAUGAUAUUGGGAUGGAAAUGAUGAUGCAAUGCUGAAGGUGAUGGAGAUGAUGGUGAGGGUGAUGGAGAUGAUUGUGAGGGUGAUGGAGAUGAUUGUGAGGGUGAUGGAGAUGAUUGUGAGGGUGAUGAUGAUGAUGAUAUGAGGGUGAUGGAGAUGAUGAUGUGAUGGAGAUGAUGUACAGUGAAAGUUUGUGUAAGGAAAAGUUAGCGAUGUUUUUGCACGUACAAGAAGAAGAAAUUUGGAGGAAGGUGUUUCGACUUUGAGGGUUUUUGUUGUUUGUUGGGGAAACUUUGUAAAAUAUCUCGGCUCCACCUGUUUACUCCAUCUGAACGACUUUAUUUGAUUUCUUGAAAUCUGGGUCAUUUGAAUGUUCUCGAGAUGACGAGCUCAGCUUUUGUCCAUUGAUAAAACAUUUGGAUAAAAAAAAAAAUUAAAUGUUGAAGCCUUUAGUUCUUUAUCGGAGGUUUUCAGUUAUUGUUUACCACAAAAUAAUAAAAAAAGACUUACCUUUUAUUGCACAACCAGCCAAAUUCCUGCAGUUCAGUAGAUGACAGAAUCUGUUAACAUUUUUUUUUUUUUUUCCGUGGGUCAGAGGUCACUCCUCCUCCAGAGGCCACAAAAAAAGCAGGAUCACUUUAUCACCGUAGCAACAGGUCAAAAGUCAUAAAAAUGUGUGUAAACCAUGGCACCUGUGCUUUGUGUCAGACAUUAAGCUCAUGUCGAAUUUUCUAAUUGUCUAUUUACAGAUUGAAAAAAUCCCAGAAUUUCAGAAACCAAGUAAAAGGAAAAAAAAAAAGCAGGAAAAUGGAGUAAAUAAAAAACACACGACUAGAAAUGUUCUGUUAGUGCUUCCUUAGGUCACAACUAUAGCAUGAGUUUUAUUUAACGUGAUAAAUGUUAAUAAGUUCCUAACAACGCUAAAUAUCCUGAAUACUAGAGAUCUGUUUAUAGCAAUAAGUCGUAGAUUAAAAAGUCAACUCGUAGCGUUUAGACGUUUACCGAUCGUCCGGAUCGCGUGACGUGUUCGACGGAUCCGGUCGCAGGAACGCCGAUCGGUCAAGCGGCUCAUUUGCAUAUUAGUAUUAGCGAGGCAGAUAUCGUAAUAUAUUUAUUUCAGAAUUUACUUAAUAUAUGAAAGUAAUGUGUAGAGAUCGGUGUCUUCAAUCCAGUUGGUCGACUUUAAAGGCUAAGAAGUUAAAAUAAUUACGUUUUUUUUUAUGCUAAUGCUUGAAUGAAGCUUGAACUAAAUGUAAACCAGCGUAUACACACACUGUCCAAAAAAAAAGUCCGUUCCUGAUCAUUUCCUUCCCUGAUUUGUAUUUUUCUUUCCUGACUCGGUCGUCUGCAUCGUACUGAGAAUGUUUGACCUGGUCAUUAACUGCUUAUAAACCUUAAUAUGCAUAACCUGUAAUAUGGUGCUGAACUUUGUAGAUGAAUGCCAUUAAAUUUGCCUUUAAAAAAAAAUAAGAGUUUGUGAGAGGCACGAACAGCAGCUAACGCUCGAUUCGGUUCAGAAUGGCCGAUUAAAGAAAGAUUUGCAAUUCAA